AUGUUUUCUAACGAUACUCAACAAAUCCUGCAGGAUGACCCUACAACAUCCUUCCAAUACAACGCGUUCCACGCCUUCCUCCUACUCCUUAUCAUCCUGGUAGUCUUCGGCAACACAAUGGUCAUAUUCGCGGUGGCCGUAGACCGCAAACUUCGGUCCGUCACCACUAACAAGUUUAUCGCCUCGCUAGCAGUGUCUGAUCUUCUGGUCGGGUUGAUCGUGAUGCCCCUUUCUCUCUACUACAAAAUGCACAACGAUCAUUGGACGUUGGGUUACACCUGGUGUCAAUUUCACCUGGUUUCAGGAGUCUUCUCCACUACAGCAAGCAUAGUACAUCUGGUGGCGAUUAGUCUGGACAGAUAUUUUGCGAUUAUGUUCCCAACAGAGUAUCAGCGACAUUCAGUGUCAACUUCUACCGUGCCAUAUGUAGUGAUGAUCUGGCUGAUGGCUCUCGCAGUGAGCUCCACUUUGUUCAUGGAGCAACGGGAUUCUUUCGAUGGUAUUUGCUGGAUCUCCAACCCUCAAUACAUUGUGUUAUCCUCAUUCUUAUCAUUUUUCCUUCCUGGCGCUAUCGUCGUCUACCUCUAUAUGAAAAUCUUCAAGAAGCUACGCAACCAUCAGCUCUACAUGUUCGGCCAGUUGACGCAUCGAGGCGGAGACCGCGAACGUCGUCACUCGUUGCCACGUGUCAUCAUCGAGGAAGUGCGAUCACGUCGCGGCUCACGGAUGUCACAAACAGGAUCGCAGUCUGGCAGUCCCACGAGAAGACAGAGCGGCGGAAGCAAGGAGCGAUCUCCGAGCCAGCCGGACAUCCAUAUUGUGGCGAAGCCUCAACAGAGAUGGCGAUCUCCCACAAUCUGUGCAGAGACUCUGGCUCACGACCGGCUCCUGGCAGCCAAGAAGCGGGUCUCAAUAGUUCCAGACCCACCAUCGAUGGAUGUCUCGGUGAAUAUGGCGUCGAUGGAUCAGAUGAAAGAUGAACAUCAUCAUAAUUUAAUGAGGGAAGAGGAGCUGUUAGGGUGUGAGGCGGGAAGGAGAAAGCAAAGUGAGGAAGAGGUCCGGAAGUUGAGCGAUGAGCGGAAGCGUGUGAUCUACGAGCGCCGAAGGUCGAGCACCUCCGAGAAUCCGAACGGUGUGCCUAUUAUGCAAGCGUUUCAAAAGGCUUAUCAAGAAGUGCGCGCGGGGAGAAGGAGAUCUACGAUACAUGAUAUUACAGCGUACCACUUCCCAUCGCUCACCACUGUCAACGAGCCAACUACCCCACCACCCGGUGAAGAAUCCGAGGAGAAGGACACCGAGGGAUCCGCCAUCAUGCACAAGUUAUCCAGUGGCUCUAGCAUCGCUGAAACUGUGAUAGCGAUGCUCCCCAAGACCUCCACAUCGCUCUCCAAAACCGAUUCUCAUGAGGACUCGGUGUCCACUGAAGCAAGCCAGAAACCAUUGCUAGGACCACCUACUCAUCACUACACAAAGAAAUCUCAACAACAAAAGGAGCCGCGGUACUCGCCAUCAAUUCCUGCGCCAACAUUCCUUAUGGUCCCUGCGAUGAUGUCGGUGAACACGCCACCAGCGACACCUAACACCAAAGAGGCUCCCACCAACUGUACUUCACUUCUUCAAGUGCCAAGACUCUUCGAUUGCCCAUCCCCUUGCAGUGUACCCAGUAACUCCAGCCACUCUUCCUACACCUCUGCCAGCGGGUCCAGUGACACCUACCGUAGGAUUUCAAUGAAUAGCUACGGGAGCAGUUUGACAGAUGGGACCGAGUCCACGUUCGAGUGUGACUCCAGAAGAUCCUCUGCGUGGUCCACAAUCCGCGCUGCUGUAUUCGAUAGGCAGCAAGUGCGAGGUGGCAAGGCUAGUGUGGAUAUUACGGUGGAUCGUACAGGCUCUCCACAGAAGAAGAUGUCAACCAUAAGUCGGGGGAAGUUACGGAGGAUUGCCACCCAGGUGACAAGAGCCAUCAGAAGAAAGCGACGGGAAUCCAUGGCGAUUCGUAGGGAGUCAAGGGCUACUAGGGUGGUCGCUGCUAUUCUAAUCGCCUUCCUGAUCUGCUGGAUUCCCUACUUCUGCAUUUCCAUCUUCCGCGGUGUGCUAAUGGGAUUCCAUGUUAACAUCAACACCCCAUUGCAUCUCACAUUGUUCGUCUACACCUCAUGGCUAGGUUACGCCCACUCCUGCUUCAACCCUUUGAUCUACAUGUGUCUUAAUAAGAACUUCCGGAAUACGAUGAGAAAAAUGAUGCAGAAAACGAAGGCUACUGAACAUGAGGGUUGA